UUUAUUUUUUGGUAGAGUGUAGAAGGUCUACAAAACAGCAUGGUCUGAUCUCUCUACAGUCCCCACAGAACUGAGGCCAGAAUAAAUGAGCCGAAGAACUCUUCCACCCAGCAUGGAAGACUGGACAAGAGAGGAUGUCCAUCACUGGCUUUGUCAGGAAGUUAAUGUUUAUAAGAAAUAUGCUGAUAUACUGUUAGAGGAGGAAGUAGCUGGAAUUGAUCUACUGUCUUUUAAAAAGCAAGAUCUUCUUGAUCUUGGUCUAAAACAUGGCCCUGCAGUAAGAAUCAUUGAUAUGCGAGACAAAUGGAAAAAUCAGCCACAACACACCACUCAGUCAUGUUCAGUAGGGCAUAAUAACAAAUCUGACAUAGAGGCAGCUUCUUUUUGCUCUAAAGGCCAUGUAAAUGUGUUGGAAGCUAAUGACAAAUCAUGUGCUGCAAACAACAAACCAGAUGAAAGCCAAGCAAAAGAUGACGUCAUACCCAAGACACAUUUGAUCACCAGUUCCAUUGAACAUCAAGAGGAGGACUCUUCAGACUUACAACCACAACAAUGCUCAGUUAUCACCCAAACGGCAUGUGAUCAUAAAGAAUCCACAGUUGAAUCUCUGAUACAAAAGAAAAAUGCAAAGGUGUCAUCUAAACCUCUGGCAGCCCAAAGAGAGGAGACAAAAAGAAGUGACCCAGAGCAAGCUCAACAAAGCCAUGAGAAAAAGACAAGACAUAUAAAGAAUCUCUGUGAUUUCUAUCCAUUUGAUACUGUUGCAUCUCACAGAUAUAUCCAGCACAACAUCCUUCCACCAGAGACAGGGCCAGGUAAUUUGAUUACACCAGUUCAUGAGUUCAAGUUCAUGGGAAGAACCACUGACAUCAACAUUCUGAAAAGAAAAUUUAACCAGGAGGUUUAUCGUUUUGCAGCAGGUUGUAUGAAUAGUCGCACAAAUGGCACAAUCCACAUAGGAAUAGCAGAUUCAAAAUACACUGAUUUUUGCCAUGGAGAAAUAAUUGGAAUAAAGAUUGAGCAAUGGGAUGCAAUUAUUGAUCACUUCAAUAAUGGGCUAAAUUCAUAUUUUGACGAGAAUUCUGAGGAUGCAAAGAAGUGUAUUCGACAGCCAAGAUUUGUACAGGUGAUUUACUCAAACAUGACAUGUUCUGACCUCUAUGUUAUUGAAGUAGACAUUGUCCCAAGCCAUAACAUAACAUGUGACAAGACAUAUUACAUCCAGACACUAGAGAGCAAUAACAACUGGAAGAAGUCUAAGGAAAAGUCUUUAUUUGUGAGAGAGGGAGCUGCAACCAAAGAUAUUUGCUCUUCGAAUCCAGAGGUCUUCCGACGUGGAUUAGAGGCAUUUAAGAGGAGCAUGACAAUGUUGGAUUCAAAAAGGGAACAAAUGGAAAAGAGGCCUGAGCCUAAAGCCACUACAAAUCAAGGCAACAUACUACAAAACCUACUAACCUGUGGUGAAACAACCUUGGGUCACUAUGAACACUUUAUCAUUGUUACAAACAAGAGUUACCAAGAGCAGUUACAACAUCUCCAGUUUUUGAAUUUGCUGAAAAUAUUCUGUGUUCUUGACUUCGACCCAGACUCUGCCAGUAAUGGUCUAUGCAGUGAAUACCGAAAGUCCAGGGUUGCAAAUCUUUACACACCUGAGCAAUUUCAAGGAGAAGCUGGGACUGUGAUCAAAACACUCAAUUUGUACAAGCAAACUAGUUGGGUUUUUUGUAAUGGAAGAUUGGAUCUGGAUAUAGAAUCUAACAAACCACUGAACCCCAAAGAAUGGCUGGCCAAGAGAGCUAAUGAUGUGAACGAGGUCAUUAGAUUCAUCUGCAACCCUGACAUUCUCCCAUUGGAAAAGAAGCCUAGUGGUGUUUCUCUUGUUCUCCACAGCUGAGGCCAUGAAUGAUCCAAUUUUUGAAACAUUCAUGUCUUUUUACAAAAAUCUAGGUGGGGCACAGAGCAUCAUCCAUAUUUGUGCA